AUGGUUAUUCCAGGGAGGCGAAGAAGGAGGCGAAGGAGGAGGAGGCGAAGGAGGAGGAGGCGAAGGAGGAGGAGGCGAAGGAGGAGGAGGAGGAGGCGAAGGAGGGAGGAGGAGGAGGCGGAGGAGGCGAAGGAGGAGGAGGCGAAGGAGGAGGAGGCGAAGGAGGAGGAGGCGAAGGAGGAGGAGGAGGAGGCGAAGGAGGAGGCGAAAGAGGAGGAGGCGAAGGAAGAGGAGGCGAAGGAGGAGGAGGAGGAGGAGGCGAAGGAGGAGGAGGAUGAGGAGGAGGAGGAGGAGCAGCGACACAGAUUGAAGAGGAUCUAA